ACUAGGCUUGAGUUGUAAGUGUACCAUUCUGUGUACUAGUGUUUGUGAAUGAAUACAAUGGUAGAGAGUUAGUAAAUCUAAAGACAUUAACAAAAAAAUAUCAAAUAGUAAACGUACAUAAUUUAUCACCGUCCCCAAUGCCUACAUUUGAAAUGAAAGUGACUGUUAUUUUGAGUGCGGUUUUUGCAGCGAGGAUUUUCCAGCUGGCAGCUUCCAGUGAUAGGUGCACAACAACGACUCAAUAUGGGUUAGUAAGAGGAAAACCUAUGACAUCUCGGAAUGGAAGAGAAUUCUGUGCCUUUUUGGGAAUACCUUAUGCAGCUCCUCCAAUAGGAAAACUGCGUUUUAUGCCUCCUCUCUACCCGACAUCUUGGGAAGGUGUAAAAGAUUCCACAGAAGAAAGUGACAAAUGUUUGCAAAAAGAACCGGGUGGUUCUGAAGAUUGUCUUUAUCUAAAUGUGUUCACUCACAGCACAAACUCCUCCAGUUCAUUCCCAGUUAUGGUAUUUAUCCAUGGUGGAGGAUUUUUCAUGGGUUCUUCCUCUUUAGGCUGGACAGGCCCAGAAUACCUGAUGGAGAAAGAUAUUUUGCUGGUGAUCAUACAAUAUAGACUCGGACCAUUUGGCUUUUUGAGUACUGAAGACACAGUGGUUCCUGGCAACAUGGGUUUGAAAGACCAAGUGAAGGCGUUACAAUGGGUUCGGGACAACAUAGAAUCAUUCGGAGGUGACAAAGACAAAGUGACAAUAUUUGGUAACAGCGCGGGCAGUGCUUCUGUACAUUACCAUAUGAUGUCUCCGACAAGUCAAUCACUGUUCUCUAGAGCUAUCAGCCAGAGUGGAACAGCUGUAAGUAGUUUUGCACUGAUUGGAAAAGGUAAAGCAAAAAGAGACACAGAAAAGCUAGCAGACAAGUUAAACUGUUUUAGCACCAGUUCAGAAGAAAUUCUUAACUGCCUACAGGACAAAACAGCGACUGAAUUGCUCCAACAGUUUUUAAAACUUCUCAAAUCCAAAUACGGUCAAUCUGAUAAAUUAUUCCGCCCUGUUGUCGAAGUAAACACCGAACAUGCUUUUUUGACCAAACAUCCACUAACGUUCACCACUCACAAACCAUGGCUUGUCGGUCUAAACGCUAAAGAAGGACUUUGGAGGGUAGAUCAGCGGGUGAACAAUACAAUCAACUACAUUGAAACCGACUUUGAAAACUUUGGUCCGUUCAUGACCCAAUUUGCAGAUUUGUAUUCAAACUUGGAUGAAAUAAUGAAUCAAACUUAUCAGUUUUAUUUUGAAAACCCCAAAUCGACGGAAGAUUUAGCAAUGUCUCUGGAACAAUUGACAACAGACACCUGGUUUGCAUGGCCGACAGAGUUGGCGAUUACACACCACCAAGGUCCGUUGUACUACUACUUGUACGACCAUUUAGCGAGGUACACUUACUCACAAAUGUACCACAUAGAGCCAAUACAUAGAGGAGCGAUUCACACCGAUGAGUUACUCAUGUUGUUCACUCAGAACGGUACUUUUCCACCAGUGACUGGAGAAGAUUUGAACAUAUCAGAGCUGAUUGUGGAUCUAUGGACCAACUUUGCGACAAAUGGUAGCCCGACACCAACCCCAGUUAGCAGUAACCCUCAAGACGACUCUGCCGAGAAUAUAACAUGGACCGAGUCCGGGAACUCUGAUCCGACGUUUUUCCAUAUUCAAACCAACAAAUUGUCAAUGGAGACCAAUCUAUUUCCGGAGAGGAUGAGGUUUUGGAGACGAGUUGAAUUUCACAGAGUAGAAUGAGAGCAUGAAAUACGGUAGGAGUAUUAAAAUCUUAAAUAUUUAUGUAAUUAUCUUAUUCAGUUUUAUUUUCUUGAGAAAUACUAGUGAAAACAUUAUAUUUGAUUAAAAAUAUCCAAAUCAUAAAAUAAUUCAAUAUUUCUUACGGGUUGGCAAAAGAUACAAUAAAUAACACAGAUUUUAGUUACAAUUUUAGUCUCUAAACAAAUUUAAACAAAGUUGGAAGUCAAAAUGUUAAUAUUUUUACGUUUUAACAUUAAAUAUAUGAACUCUUUAUACUUUUACAGGAAUCUAUUUAUUAUUUUAUUAUAUUAAAGUCAUAAUAAGCAGAUGAAAUUAUUUAAGUGUUGGGCAUAUUAGAAAUGUCUUCAAGCCUAUUAUUAUCAAAUUAAAAUGUUUGGAUUUUAUGUUUAUCGUUGUGUGCUCAGGUGACUAAUAAAAUGUUAAAUGGAUUUUAACAGUUUUAAAAAGUGUUGUUGAAGCUGAAGGUAUUACCAAACCAAGAAUAAAUAUGUUUUUACAAAUUGGUUGUGUAAAAUUGUAUUUAUUUAUACAACUGUAUAGCAAGUUGUUUAUGAUCUUAAUACAAUAUUUGUUUAUAGUUAAGUUUUCCAGUAAUAGAUUAGUUAACAAGAAGAAGAUAUCAAAGGAAAACAAACAUUUUUGUUAGGAGUUUCUAGUAUAAACCAGAAAAUAGUUUUUGCCGACUUGUCUUGACAAUCAUGAUGUCCGUGAUGGACAACCGUUAGUUAAUUCUUGACAAAGGUUUUAUUGUGUAUUUAUUAGUACUAAUGUUAAAAUUAUCAGCUCUUCUUAGAUGUUUAAAUGUUAUUUUGAUUGUUUUUCUCAUUCUAUUGGAUAUAUUUUAUAUUGCAGUUCUACGUACAUUAAAGCUUAUACAUACAUAUUUUUGGUGAUUUAUGU